UCGCGUACACGGUUAUCUACCGUGAUCGUUAAGACGCAGUCUCAAACGUAAAAAUGUGAACUCUUUCGUCUCAGAUCGUUUGUUUUUUUUUUUAUUAUUAUUUGAUUUUUAAUUAAUUUCUUUCUCAGUUUCGUUAAAAAACUUGUGGUGUCGUCCUACUUCAUAGAUGUCUACCCAGAUUCCGUCCUCGUCUUUGACGAUGGUGGACGGAGUCAGAUCUGUAUCACCUAUGUUUUAUGAUGAAGAAAAGAUAUUAGCCCAGGAAAAUAUAGAGCUCAUAUCCGGUGAAAAUAUCAAAGAAGAUACUUUAGACAACAAUUGUAUGUUCAAAAAUAUUUUUAAAUGCUUACGCUGUGAACUAACUUUUGAGAAUGAACACCAAGUACAUGACUGUAUACCAUUGCCUUUAAAUGUCAAUAAACAAAAGAAAUUGAAAAGAGUUUUCAUGUGUUUGCUCUGUGAUAAACAUUAUCUCUUUCCAUCAUUAGCUAUGCUCCAUUUGAAAAGACAUCAAAAAUUUAUGGAUAAUAAAAUUGUAAACUCGUGUAGUAUUUGUGAUUCUAUAUUUCAAUCUGCGAAAGAACUUAAAGUUCACUGUGAACAGGAACACAAAAUCAUUCAAUAUCAAUGUCAUAUUUGUGAUAAGUUAUUCAAACAAGCUAGAAAUUUACAGUAUCAUAUCAUGAGCCACUCAGGAGAAAAACCAUUUCAGUGUGAGUUGUGUAGACAUAAAUUUACUAGAGCUGAUCAUUUGGCUCGACACAGAAGAGAUAACUGUGACCAAAUGGAAUUUGAAUGUGAUUUAUGUGGAAAAAUUUACAACACCAAAAGAGGAAUUAGAACACAUUUAAAAGUGCAUUAUGACAGUCCAAAACCAGGUGCAAUAUGGGCUUUGUAUACAGAAUCCGGACAGAAAUAUUAUGAGUGUACUCUAUGUGGUAAAACAUUUACUCAAUUUUCUAGAUUCAAAGAACACAUACGAACUCAUACUGGUGAAAAACCUUUUGAGUGUCCCAUAUGUAAUAAAAAGUUUACUUGCCAUUAUAAACUUAAAAUGCAUGGUGAUGUACAUUCAAGUGAUAGACCCUUCAAGUGCAACUAUUGUGAAUUGAGUUUCAAAAAUCGAAGGUACCUUAAUAAGCACAUGCGUAAACAUGAUGAGCAUAAACAGUACCAAUGCACAAUUUGUGAUAAAGAGUUUCAAUGGUACAACAGCCUGAAAUACCAUUUAGCUUCACACUCUGGUCGUAAACCAUAUGUAUGUGUUAGCUGUGACAAAUCCUAUUCCCAUGUUAGUACCUUGUUAGCCCAUCAACGAACUCAUAAUGGUGAGAAAAAUCAUGAAUGUCAUAUUUGCAACAAAAAAUUUGCUCAAGCUAGUACCCUGAAAAAUCACCUUAUUACUCAUAGUGAUGAUAAACCAUUUAAGUGUCAUCUGUGUCCAGCUCAAGUUGCUACAUGUGCAUCCCUAAAAUCGCAUCUGAAAACGCAUGGCGGAAAUUAUCAAUGUAGUUUCUGUGGCAGUACAUUUUAUUUACUAUCCAACUUAAGAUGUCAUGAGCGUAAAAUACAUGGUAAAACUGAUUUCUAUGAGUGUGACCUUUGUGAGGAAAAAUUCAGUUCUAAGUUACAAAUGAAAGAACAUUUUAAAAAUGAACAUAACAUUCAAUUAACAAAAACUAUCACUGUAUAUGAAAUUGAUUAUGCUCAUGGUAUCUAUGAUAGUUAACUAAUUUGAACUUAUAUAAUAACUGUAAACAAAAAUAUGAUAAAAAUGUAGGAAAAUCCAAUGAAAAUUUCAAUAUUAAUGAAGGGGUUAUGAUAGCUGAAUAGAAUAAGGUGGCUAUGUUUUUAACACAUAGUUAUUGGUACAAACCUUGUAAACCAUGGUAUCGCUUUCCAGACGGGUGACAACCAUUUAGAGAAAAUAAAUCUCCACUCUUCAUACAUAUAAUAUAUAAUACAAUACUAAUUGAAUUCUAAAAACAGUUACUGUUAUUUCUUAUUUACAAAAAAUAAUUAAAAUAGUUUUUAAAUUUUGCUCUACAGUUAAACCUCUUCUGAAUUAUCUUUAUAUAUAUUUUUUACUGUAUGAAAUGUAUGCAAAUAAUAAUAUUGUACAGUAUUAUAAUAGCAUGUUAGUAGAUACAUUAUGAUGUGUAUAUUCAAAGGUGUACUAGCAAUUAUUUAUUAAAUACGAUUCCAUGAAAAAAUUUGUUACGUAGAUUGUCA